CUAACGUUUGCUGCGCGCGCGUUAUCGUCGGCACUCGGCGGUGAUAUUAUCGGCGCUGCUAUUUUGCGGGAAACCAGACAUACUCGCUCCCGUCGUAGUCCAUCGCAGUGGUGGGUCAGCAAAGGCUGCACAUCGCGCUAGCAGAAGGCAUUCGUCCGGCGGUCAUGGCUCCUUUCAGCAAGCAGACGGUGUUCGGCUUCGGCUGUUGUCUCGACUGGCGGCCGACCUCGUUCGUGGCCGAGCUCCCGUCAAUCAUGGUGUGCAACGCCUGCGGACUGGUGCCCCCAAUGUUGGCCACGUUGCCCUGCAUUCAUCUGAUCUGCGCACAGUGCUACGAACGCACAGGGACGGGGAGCAACCGGUGUCCUCUGGACAGAGAAACGUUCGAGGAGAAGCACGUCGUCUGGUCGUCCAGGAUGGACAGGGAACGUCUGCUGAGGCGCAGGGUGCGCUGCUGGAACGCGGACAACGGCUGCUACGCGGAGGGCGUUGCCUCCGAGAUGCUGGAGCAUUUCACCCGCACCUGCCGGUUCCACGUCGUGAGCUGCGCCAGGUGCCGCGGCGAGGUCCUGCACGUGGCACUUGCCGACCACCUGGAGUGGUGCAGCUCGCAGAGCGCUUCUGCUGAGCAGCCAGCGCAUGACGACAACGUUGUCAACGAGGCAUUGGAGCUCGGCGUAGCCGCGCCGAGGUUCCUGUGAAAGUGUACCUCCGUCGACGCGAAGCUCGCAUCCUUCGGGGAGCGUCUUUCCUCCUUGCGAGACACUCGAUAUCGCAAUUGCCCGCGCAUUUUGCGCGGACUGUUGGAUCGAUACCCGGUCAGUAGAGGAUGAACACCGGCUGAGACCAGCUUCUGGGACCGAGGACGUCUGUGCUGAAAGGUAGCGCUCCAUGGUUGGUGCCUUUGCUCAGGGGUGCAUUCGUAUAGCGGACUCUGUGAGGAACCGAGUCACUGACCCGUCGACAGAAGCACGAAACGAAUAGUCAGCCACGGCCGCUGCGACAUAUUUUUUUUAAAUUGAACCCAGCGCAGGCCCAUCAUGGCCCAUGCAGGAAUGGGUACAUAAACAGGUUUCGUUUUUAUCAACAACUCAAAGUUUGUGUAAUUAUUAGCAGUGACAAGUUUUCAAGAUGAGAAUUUAAUACAUUGGACGGGGUUUACAAAGGAAUCAAUGCUAUCAGGACACACAGCGAUGUCUGAUAGAUUUUUCCCAUGAGAGAUCGCCGACGGUAAACGGAGUACUUGGGGAUGUUAAUGCGACUUUAGGGUUGACGAAGUGCUCUGCACUGAUUCUGUCUCUAUGAGAGCUUAAAAUUUCCACGCAGAUAACAAGAUCUCGGUAUAUUCAAGUCACCAUGGUAUGAAAAGUAAAUAAAUUGUAGUAUAGAAAUGA